AUGGAUCCGUUUCGAGUCCGCCUCAACUGCAUCGAUCACUACCAAGCUGUGCCCCUUGACGAAUUCGAUCCGCCGGUACCCCAGGGCCUGGUGCACGAAAAUGCCAAAGAAAGACCCCGAAUCUCCGUCAUCCGCGUCUUUGGCGCCACCGAGACCGGCCAGAAGGUGUUGAUGCACAUUCAUGGCGCGCUGCAAUAUACAUACAUCGAGUACAGCGGGAGUCUGGUCCCGGAGGACGUCGAUGUUGCCAUACGGACGCUCCAACUGUCCAUCGACCACGCGCUGGCCGUCAGCUAUCGCAAGAACAUCUACGAAGGCAAACACCGCUAUGUCGCCCACAUCUCGCUCGUGAAGGGUGUUCCCUUCUACGGCUUCCAUGUCGGAUACCGGUUCUACCUCAAGAUCUAUCUGCUCAACCCGUUGCACAUGACCAGACUGGCCGAUCUUCUGCGCGAAGGCGCGGUGAUGAAGAGGGUCUUGCAGCCCUACGAGAGUCACAUGCAGUAUCUGGCCCAGUGGAUGUGCGACUACAACCUUUACGGCUGUGGCUACAUCGAGUGCGACAAGGUCAAGUUCCGAGGACCCAUCCCGAAAUACUUCGACAUGACCAGUGCCAUGCACCAGUGGCACGACCAUUCCAUUCCGCCAGAGUAUAUCUCCGACGAGGCCGCGCUGCCGAAACAGAGUAACUGCUCGCUGGAGGUCGAUGUGCAUGUCAAGGAUAUCCUGAAUCGGCGGGACGUCCAUGCUCGCGAUCUUCAUCAUGACUUCAUUGAGCGUGUGCAUCUCCUCUCCGCAGAUGCGAAAUUGGUUCAGUCCAUGGCGGGGUUGUGGAAGGAUGAGACGCGACGCCGGAAGAUCAGAAUGGGUCUCAAGGAUAACAACAGCAGUCCCUUCCCGCCUGAAGUCUUGAUUUCGAUGUCUGCGGAUCCCAGAGAUACGUCUGCGGGAGGCUGGAUCCAUGAAGAAGAGUAUCGUGAAAAGGUCGAACAGAUCGUCACAGAAGAACAUGCCAAAGGCGACGCCGCCAAAGUCUCCUUCGACAACUUUGUGAAACCGGUCUCGUUGGAAUCGACUGUCAAGACCGCCUUGGAGAGCGUGGAAGAUUUGUAUCCGCACAACAUGCGUGAACCUGGCUUUGGCAGCAGAAACCACAGGCCUUCCACUCCGAACCAGGAGAAUGUCGCACAUGAAACUGUCAUCGAUGGGGCGCAAGCCGAGAACGUUAUAGGAGGCCUGGACCACAGUCUAAGCGAUGCUGUUGCCUCGAAUGAGGGAAGCUUCAGCAUGUCGAAGAGCAGCGAUGACUCCAGCGCCAAAGAUACACACGACAAUGGAAGGGUAUUGACCCCCAUCAGCUCCUCAGAAUAUGAGAAAUAUGGGAUUCGACGUGCAGGGGACACUGCUCGUCUGGCCGAGGAUGUCUUUGAGGUGCCGGAAGAAUACCUCGGGCAAGACCCGGUCCCUCCCAACAAAGCCAAGCGAGCAAGGUUUGCCGUUGCACCAAGUUUCAAACCUAGAAAGCGACGGAAGCAGCUGAUGGAUGAUGACAAUGUCUUUCCGGAAGUCAGCUUCUCCGGCUCGGAAGACGAUCCAGACUUUGUCACGGAUGCGGAGGGCAUGGAUCCUGCCGCAGAGCCGACGUCUGAGGAAAUGCGCAGUGUUCGGCUAUCUGGCACCAAUCAACACCAACUACCGUUUAGCACGCAAGCAGCCAGGUCCAAAGAUACGUCGGUAGAAGGACCAAAUGCGCUGCUCCUGUCCCAACAGUCGACAUUGUCCUUUUCAGCGGUCAAGAAUCCAAACGAUCCCACGACAAUCCUUCGCCUCAGUCAGAAGAGUGGCACUUCUCCCAAAUCAUCACAGACCGCUAGUGUCAAGCCUCCGACCUCUCCGGUCAUACAGAAAACCCCUGCGGAGAGUGUGCUGACCUCCUCACAACCAACGCUACGUCCGCCGAUGUCAGCUGAAAGUGUCAAGCCAACGGCGCCCGUGGAUAUAAUCAUCUCAGGUCUGUCGUCGGGACGAACCGGAGCCUGUUGGCACACAUAUCAGAUCCGUCCACCAAGCUUUCACGAAGUGGAAACGACCUUGCGACAGCACGGUCUGCCCGAUGUGAUCUAUCAAGAGGCGUUCUACAGCAACGAAGACGACGUCCCGGACCAGGCACGAGAAUACGCCGGACGUGAAUUCAAGCUUGAAAGCGCCACUGUUCCGUAUCUACCUGAUUUCGAUUCAUCUGGCGCGUCGCCCGCUACUUACGGUCGGAAACCUGCAGCCUUAGUGGAUGUUACUGGUGAGAGUGUCCGAGAUAAUCAGAGGCGAAAGCGGUGCACGAUAUCAAACUGGGUCAUCUCCGAAUCACCGCCUCGAAAGGCUGACGUUGUGUCCUGGCUCAAGGAAGAGCAUGCGGCGAAAGAGCAUGAUACAUCCUUUAGGAUGAAGUCACGCCGCCCGCUCUCGCAGAUCGACGGCCCGACACAGAAGAACAAAUACGGGUUCAAGUAUUCUCAAAAGCAGGCCAGCACCAGCGUACAUCACGAGACGCAGUACAUGAGCAUCAUGAGCCUGGAGGUGCACGUCAACACGCGUGGCUCUCUUGCGCCUAAUCCAGAGGAAGAUGCCGUCGCUUGCAUCUUCUGGUGUAUCCAGACGGACGACGAUGAAGUCGAGACGAACGGAAGCAAGGAUGGCAUGCAUGUUGGAGUGAUCGCGGUCGCCGAUGAACCCCAUAUGGGCAAGAAUAUUGGACGCAUCCUACCUUACGACGUGGAGGAAGAGGCGACAGAACUCGACGUGCUCACCAGACUGGUCGAUAUUGUGCGGCACUACGAUCCGGACAUCUUGACCGGCUAUGAGGUACAUAAUAGCUCGUGGGGCUAUCUGAUCGAACGGGCACGGGUCAAAUAUGAUCUCAACUAUUGCGACGAGCUGUCGCGCAUGAAGUCGCAGUCCCAUGGCCGGUUUGGCAAGGACGACGAUCGAUGGGGGUUCAAUCAUACAUCGACCAUCCGGGUGACUGGCCGACAUACAAUCAACAUCUGGAGAGCGAUGCGUGGAGAGUUGAAUUUGCUCCAGUACACCAUGGAGAACGUGGUGUAUCAACUACUGCACCAACGCACCCCCCAUUACACGUUUGCCGACUUGACACGCUGGUACCGCAGCAAGAACCCACGCGACCUGGCCAAAGCGGUCGAGUAUUUCUGCUCGCGGGUCCAAAUGGACAUUGAGAUCCUCGACGCCAACGAGCUGGUGCCGCGUACUAGCGAACAAGCGCGGUUACUGGGUGUGGACUGGUUUUCUGUCAUCUCACGUGGCUCUCAGUUCAAGGUCGAGUCGUUGAUGUUUCGCAUCGCCAAACCCGAGAAUUUCAUGCUAGUAUCGCCCAGUCGUCGACAGGUGGGUGGCCAGAACGCAUUGGAAUGCUUGCCCCUUGUGAUGGAACCGCGCAGCGACUUCUACACGAGUCCUAUGCUGGUGCUGGAUUUUCAAUCGCUAUACCCGAGUGUGAUGAUCGCCUACAACUACUGCUACUCGACAUUCCUCGGCCGGGUGGUGAGCUGGCGCGGCACGAACAAGAUGGGCUUCACCGACUACCGUCGCGAGCCGCGUCUUUUGGAACUGCUGAAAGACCAUAUCAACAUUGCACCGAACGGAAUCAUGUACGCCAAACCGCAUAUCCGCAAAUCGCUCCUGGCGAAAAUGCUCAGCGAGAUCCUCGAAACGCGCGUCAUGGUCAAGAGCGGCAUGAAAGUGGACAAGGACGACAAGACGCUGCAACGCCUCCUCAACAAUCGACAACUCGCGCUCAAGCUGAUCGCGAACGUCACAUACGGUUACACAUCCGCGUCUUUCUCCGGACGCAUGCCCUGCUCCGAGAUCGCAGACAGUAUCGUCCAGACCGGGCGCGAGACUCUUGAAAAGGCAAUUGCCCUCAUCCACUCCGUGGAGCGCUGGGGCGCCGAAGUCGUCUACGGCGACACGGACAGUCUCUUUGUCUACCUCAAGGGCCGAACCCGCGACCAAGCCUUCGACAUCGGCGAAGAGAUCGCCGCAGCCGUGACCAACAUGAACCCGCGACCCGUGAAGCUGAAAUUCGAAAAGGUGUACCACCCGUGUGUCCUGCUCGCGAAGAAACGCUACGUCGGCUUCAAGUACGAAUCGCGCAACCAAACAACCCCGGACUUUGACGCGAAGGGUAUUGAGACCGUCCGUCGCGACGGGACACCGGCGGAACAGAAGGUCGAAGAGACGGCGUUGAAACUACUCUUUCGCACGGCGGACUUGAGCCAAGUGAAACGCUUCUUUCAGGCGCAAUGCUCCAAGAUCAUGCGCGGCAACGUCUCCGUGCAAGACUUCUGUUUCGCCCGCGAAGUCAAGCUGGGCACGUACAGCGACAAAGGCCCGCCUCCACCGGGCGCCCUGAUCAGCGCGCGUCGCAUGUUGCAGGAUCCCCGGCUGGAACCGCAGUACGGCGAACGCGUGCCGUACGUUGUGGUGACGGGCGGUCCUGGCGCACGGCUGAUCGAUCGCUGCGUGGCGCCGGAGGUGUUGCUCAACGAUCCACAUGCCGAACUCGAUGCCGAGUAUUACAUCUCGAAGAAUCUGAUUCCGCCGCUCGAACGCAUUUUUAAUCUUGUCGGCGCCAACGUCAGGCAGUGGUAUGAUGAAAUGCCGAAGUAUCAACGCAUCAGGCGUGUUGAGGGAGUUGGUGUCGGGGGAGAUUUGAAUCUGCAUCAGCAUCAGAAUCAGAAGAAAAAGGCUACGCUCGAGUCGUAUAUGAAGUCCUCGACGUGUUUGGUUUGUCGGGAGUUAUUGGAUACCAGCACGACUACUACGGCGGCGACGACGUCAACAACAGCAGCUGCAGCAUUAUCGGCAAACCUGGGUCUCUGUUCGAAUUGUAUCCGAAACUCGGCGCGGAGUAUAUUGACCCUCCGCACGCGGUUGACCAAGACAGAACGCCGAGUGAACCAAUUGGCGAAAGUCUGUCGUUCGUGUUCCGGGCUGGCUUGGAACGAAGAGGUCAAGUGCGACAGUAAGGAUUGUCCUGUGUUUUACUCGCGCACGAGAUAUAAUGUUUCGUGGGGAAAUGAGCGGGCGCAGCUGGGUCCGGUUCUGGAAAGUCUGGAGAGACAUGACGAUGAUGAUGGGAAUGAACAUGUAAAAGUCAAUGAGAGUGGGUUGGAAUGGUAG